UAUGAUUUAGUCUGGUUCAGAAAGUUCAAUAUUACAGCGUCAUGGGUGGGGUGUACCGACAUGGACAUGGAAAUGCUGCCGCACACUGUCUGGAUAUUCUUAUGGUGUGUCCUCUUGGUCCAGUGUGAUGUUAACUCUGGGUCAAGCUUGGGAAAACAAACUGUGGACCUUAUGUUAAAAUAUCCAUUAAUAGACGGACACAAUGAUCUUGCACUACAGCUGAGGAUCAGGCAUAAAAAUAAACUAAGUCAGAUUGACCCAUACAAGAUUCCACAAGUUGCCACAGACAUAAAUCGCCUUAAAACUGGUUAUGUUGGAGCGCUGGUGUUUGCUGCGUAUGUGAUGUGCACUGCCCAAGACAAAGAUGCUGUGCGACUGGCCCUUGAGCAAAUUGAUGUGAUUCUCCGGCUGUGUAGUGAAUGGCCAGAUUUUGAGAUGGUCAAUUCAUCCGAAGGGCUGAGGAAUACUAAGAAAAUUGCAUGUAUACUGAGCCUUGAGGGUGGACACAUUGUAGACAGCUCCCUUCCUGCGCUACGCAUGUUCUACAGACUAGGAGUGCGCUCAAUGGCUCUGACGCACACAUGCAACACACCCUGGGCUGAAUCAUCAUCAAACCUUUAUACAGUGUAUAAAAAGAAGAACAGCAGUUUAUCAGAAUUUGGAAAGGCUGUGGUGGAUGAGAUGAACAGACUGGGGAUGAUUGUGGACCUCUCACACUCCUCCUGGGCCACUGCAUGGGCAGUGCUGAACGUCUCCAAGGCCCCGGUCAUCUUCAGCCACUCCUCGGCCUUCGCUAUGUGCAGCCACCACCGUAACAUUCCAGACAACCUGCUGCACGCGCUGAAAGACAACAAGGGGCUCAUCAUGGUCAAUUUUUACUCUGAGUUUGUUGGCUGCGGACCCAAAGCAAACAUCUCCAUUGUUGCUGACCAUUUUGACCACAUCAAGAGCCAAAUUGGGGCUGACAGUAUUGGGAUUGGUGGGGACUUUGAUGGUGCCUCUAAUUUCCCAGAGGGCUUGGAGGAUGUGUCCAAAUACCCGUCACUGAUCCAGGAGCUUCUGCGUAGGAACUGGACCGAGGCCGAGUUGGCAGGAGUGCUCAGGCUCAACUUCAUCAGGGUGUUCGAGGAUGUCGAGAGAGUACGAGACACGUUGAAAGGCACCCAGCCAAGCGAGAUGGAGAUCCCACUGAAGGAGGUUGAUGGUGCUUGCCGCCUGGAUCUGAGGCCUCCAACGCCAACCAAGAAAUCCAUCGGGCUGACAACUGUCAAGAGUGAGAGCAAUUUCCUGUCGGGUGGAGCUCUCAUAUGGAUGCUACUCCUGAUCUGUUUACUCCUUCAGUAGAACAGGCAAGGACCUCUCCUCUGGGUUUAGACGGACAGCUAGAAGCUCAGAUGUAGCACUUUAUUUCAGGGCUGUGAAACUAUGAAGGAUUAUUUUCACAGUUGAUUGUUUUAUCAAUUGAUCAAUCAGUUGUUUGGUCUAUAAAAUGUCAGAACAUUCAAAAAUGUUAAUCAGCAUUUCCCAAAGCUCAAGCUGACGUCCUCAAAUGCCUCAUUUUGUCCACGCGUCAAAGAUGUUCAGGUUACUGUCAGUACUACAGUUUACAUAGAGGAAUAAGUAAAUUACAGGUUACUGAAGUUUAAGUAGCUUCAAUCAGAGAACUUUCCUUACAAAUAACUAAAAUUGAUUAAUUGAUAACCAAAAUAGUUAUUAGAUAGAUAAGCAAAUUGUUUAAUAGUUGACAACUAAUCCCUUUAUCAACUAAUUGUUGCAUUCCUACUUCAUUUAUAUACAGAGAGGAAAUAGAAUAAAGUAACUGAGAAAUGUGUCGGAAAACGUCUAAAUGCUGAUUACCAAACAUGCCUCUUACUGUGAGUGAGUGAGCUCACAACAUUAUAUGAAAAUGUUAUUCUUUUGAGUAUUUCUUUUGAUAUUAACACUAUGUGGUAGCAUAUUGUACUGUGUUUUGUUGCUAUGCAUUGGAACUGUAAAAUAUAGUCUAACUUGUAACUUUCAGAUUACCAUUUAUUGGAAUAUUUAAGUGUUAGACGAAUGUGGCAUGUCCAGUAAGUUGUUGAGUAUGGAAAAUGUAACCUUCCAGACAUAUCAAACAAAGGGUUUGAAUAUCCUAUGGCAGCAAACCUGGAGUGUUCUUGAAUACUUGGAGUCUUGGAAAACUAAUCACCUCAGCUGUUUCGCAUCACUGUUUUUAUGUCCACGGAGUUUCUAUUUUUAGCUUCAUGUAUCGAUCAUUUUACAUUUACACUUGAAUGUAUUUGAUAUAAAUACAUAUUGUGUUUAAUGUAAUCAUAACCAUAUAUAAUGCAAGAUUAUAUUGUGCUUUUAAUUUAAAGUGGUUUAUGUCAUUUUUGCAUGAUGAUAUAUUAUUUGUCAAAUAAAAUAAGUGCACUAA